UUGGACAAAUUUUCGGACAGAAUGUCUUAACCUCAAAAGCGACCAUUUUGUGCUCAUUGUCCCGUUGGCACUGCUGAUGCCGCCUCUUAUCUACCACUGCUCGGAACCUGAACUACACGUCUCGAGUUCUGUGAUGCGACAGCUUAGCAACCAUUGAUUAUACUUUCUUAUAACAUUAAUAAUGCGCUGAUUGCUGCAUAAACCAUUGAAUUGUAAUUGAAACCGUCUUCAACGAGGUGCUGGGAUAACCGUUGAUUUGUUAUAACUUGCACUGGUAGGAAAUUCGAGAACAGUCAUGAGUAAGAUCAGGCCUCGGACAUUCUUCGACAUAGAAGUAGGCGGGUUGCCGAUGGGACGUGUUGUGUUUGAACUGUAUUCAGACAUAUGCCCAGAGACAUGUGAGAAUUUUCGUGCCUUGUGUGCAGGCGACAAAGGCCUGGGAAAAACAACUGGUAAGCCGCUGCACUAUAAGGGGAUCGUCUUUCACCGUGUCGUCAAAGACUUCAUGAUCCAAGGAGGCGAUUUUUCCGUUGGCAAUGGUACUGGAGGCGAAUCGAUCUAUGGGGGAACCUUUGCAGAUGAAAAUUUCUCGGUUACUCAUGAUAAACCAUUUUUGUUAUCAAUGGCCAAUCGCGGUAAGGACACAAAUGGUUCGCAAUUCUUCAUUACAACGCAACCCGCGCCCCACCUCGACAACGUUCACGUCGUAUUUGGAGAAGUGGUUUCUGGGCAAGAGAUUGUUUCGCACAUCGAAGGCCUGCCUGUGGAUCGCAUGUCUCGUCCCUUACAGGAUGCCAAAGUUGUGAACUGUGGAGAGCUUGUUCUAAAAAUCAAGGGCAAGGUCAAAAAACGGGAAAUAAAGAGUAGCGUUGGUUCCCCUUCAUCAUCGUCAGGAGCAUCAUCUUCAUCUGAAUCCAAUUCGCGUGUUGGCAAAAGUAGAAAAAAGAAAAAGUCCAAGAAAAGCAGCAAGAAACGAGCAAGGUCUGAGGAAGGAGAAAUUCCUGACUCUGGCGAUGAGGAUGCUGGGAAACCUCACCCGCUUGUGUCCGUGACUAAGAUUGAUCCAGAUGAGAUACCUGAGGUUCCAGCUAAUAAAUUUUUGUACAGAGCUGGGUCAGCCAACAAUGCUAAUCAGAAAGAAUUUAGGCAACGUUUUGGGCGAGACAGAAAUCGUGGACAUACAAAGAGCGGACGAAUUAUCAAAGGCAGAGGCGUGUUUAGAUUCCGUACGCCGUCGCGUAGCCGUUCGCGAAGUAUGACUCCUCCACAUUGGAAACAAGCACAAAAUCGUACCAUUAAACUUCAUGAAUUCCAAAAAUUGGAAAAGGAACGUAUGAAAAAGGAAGGUGACUUGGAUGCUGAAGAGGGACAAAGUCAAACUCUACGGGACGGCGAUAGAAGAAGAAAAUUUUCUAGCAUUCGGGGGGAGGUUCAAGGCUUUGAGCCAGAAAACCAGGAUCUAAAGUCGGAGGUAGCGGUUCUCCAUGACGAGAUUAAUCAGGUGGAGAAUAUCGAAAAUUCAGCAGAAAUACUGCAAAGUCAUGGCAAUGGAAAUACAAACAUUGAGAAAAACGGAAACAGUCGAUCCAGAUCUGAUAAUAGGCGAGGUGAUGGAAGACUGGAUAAGCGUCGCACAAGUCAUUCAAAAACGGAGGAUCACAGAUAUUCUAGGAGAGAUUCCAGAGAUAGAAAUCGAAAGCGUGGCCGUUCAAGGUCCAGGGAACGUCGAAGGUCCAGAGAUCGGGAUCAUAGCCGAAGAAGUAGCCGAGACAGAAAAGGGCGGAGGCACCAUUCCCCCAGGAGACGUAGUCCCAUAAGACCAGCUAACAGGUCGGAUAGACACACCGAAGAUCGUCGCGAUAAGCGUAACGAAAGCAAGCGUUCAAGUAACGUAGACAAGAAGGACGAAAAGCGAUCGGAUAUUGAUCGCCAAUCAGAUAAGCCCGAAAAAAGUAACGAAAGCUUGACAUCCAUCCUGCAGCCAAAGUUCAAACGUCAAUCACGCUCUUCUAGUAAUAGUAGUCGAGCUUCCAAAGCGUGAAAAAUUUAAUUCCAGGGAAAUUGUUCCUAGACAAUUGUGUACAGGAAUUUUUUCUUCUCUCUUUAUUUUCUUUCCACCUUUCGAAUAUUGUUUACCGAUUUUUGAGAAAUACAAUUAAUCUAUCCCAUUUUCGAAUAUAUUGUUCUUUAUCAACUUUGUAAAUAAAUCACUCGCGUUUUUCUCUCACAACAAUUAGUCCGAACGGUUUCAUUAAUCAUUUGAAACAAUUUCUAUUCCCGAUUUUCGAACUAGCUUGGUUUAACAUUGCAUCCGAGUCCAUAAAAACGUCACCCAUUUGUUCACCGUGAUUGUACGAGUACCCAGAAGUACCGGACUUGAUUAUAGAAAAAUGAAUUAGACAAUCUGCAGAAACUAUCAAUAGGUCUUUUCUAAAAUAUAUACGAGUAUCAGGAUUGUUGAUAAAGGUUAUAGGUAUUGCUAAAUGACAAUUCAGAGAAUCAUUGUCUAGAACUACCUUCUUCUUAAUAGUAUAAUUUGUAUUUAGUAUCUAACUCAAGGAUCUUGACACUUGAAGAGUUUUUCCAAUUCAAAUCAACAAGGUAAAAGCUGAAGUGUGAAACAUUUUGUUUCUUUUAUGACAUUAAAGGAAUUAUGUUCAGGGA